UAUUAAACGCUUUGCAACAAUUGAUAUGGCAGUCACACGGAAGCAAUACCACUGCCAAUGUUUUUGUCAAAGAAAAAUAUUUAUACUAAUAUUAGCCUCACAAAUUUAGCCUUCAUAUAUUGUCUUUGAGAUGACGUAGCUACUGCUGCAAUGCUAUAAAUGCUUGAUGUUUUGAGGAUAUGGUCCUAGUCCAGUUGAAUACCUUUUUUUUUGUAACAAUAUCUUGAAAUAUGAGAACAUGACAUUCUAUCUUGUCAUUCCAGGUGGUGACCCUGCAACUAAUGAUUUAUCUGAGGUGGCUCUCCUCAUUGCCCAGACCAUCGGAACACACAAUUCCUGUGGUUCGGGGAUUGAUGGCGGAAUAGACACCCAUCUAGAUGAGCCAACUCAGGAAAGAGAUCCACCACCCCUGCAGAGCAACAGUCCAGUUGUAAUAACUGUAGGGCCCACUGCAGAAGAAGAGCUGUCUGUCGUCACUGCUCAACCAGUGAUGGUACCCCAACAGGCUGGGGAUCUGCAGCCACCAGCAGCAGUUCAGCAGGCUGCUGACCUGCAGCAACCUGUGUUGAUAUAA